UGCAAAGCGAUGUUCGUCCACUAUGGCCUAGCGUCAUAAGCCAUGCAUCUAUCUCGUUCCAAUGUGGAGAAACGCGAAAGUGGAAGCAUCAAGACAAAAUCCAACGAACAAGAUCUUCCAUUCGCACUACGUCGCAGCACAGUCAUGGAGACACUCCCGGAGGACAGCGCCCACAAAGAUACUACAUCAAAGACUAAAGUUCAGUCUCAACACAGAGGUCACGAGAUCGCCAGCAAAACCAUCAAGGCACCGCCGUUCUCUUAUGUGUGCCUGCAACUUGUAUCCGACCUAUCAAGACCACCGGAGCUGGACCUACUUUCUGUCCGAUCGUAUAUCACAGCUGGCUUGACUCAAUUCUUGGGACUCACAGGCUCUGCGAUUGCAGUUGAUAUUCUCAAGGUAGACCAACGAGCGUGCUGGAUUCGUGUACCAAGAGAGGACCUUAGCCCAGUGAUCGCUGCUCUAGGAGGAUGGGUUGGAGGAACGGAAUCAGAAGGGAGAGUCAGCUGGAAGGUCAAGGCCGCUGGAAAUUGGCUUGGUGCUCUAGUCGCUCAAGCAGACUGUCAAGAUGUUUGGAAUGAGUGAGCACAAAAUGAGCUUGAGAGAGACAUUGCGUUAAGUCUUAUUCUGGAUGCUUGAAAGGCUCCUCUUAUGCUGCCAUGCUGUCUACAGAUUGUUGUACAACUAUUACGGGGUCCUUUGUUUACCCUCGUAACCUCCCUGGAAAUGCCA